GAAAGCGGGGUCGCUGGAAAUAUCAAGACGAGAAGCAUUCCUUCGCUGCUAAGUCGCUCUCAUCAUGGCCGAAUUAGCGGCACUUGGCGUUGCAGCCAACAUCAUCCAAUUCCUAGAGCUUGGGCUCAAAGUCUCCGCCUCCAUCAUGAGUACAUACCGCAGUAUCACCGACGAUGGUUUGUUACCACGAUUAGUCGAACUAAAAGCCAUGGCCGAAGAUUUGCAGCGCCGCUGUGUUCAACUACAAGCAGACGCCACCAUCAAGGUGGAUGAUGGCAUGAAGAGCCUUCUGCAGCUUUGCAAAAAAACUUCGAAAGAACUUGUUAAUGCGGCCAGUGGGCUAACGACUGCUAUCGACUGCAAGUACCCAAGGUUAACAAAGGCCAAACUCUCUGUCCGAGCAUAUUUCAAGGAAAACAGUAUCAUCGACAUUCAAAAGAGACUACGGGAAAUCAAGACCGCAAUCUUUGAGGGACUUCAAAUACUUCUGUUCCAGCAUCGUUCCGAGGUAUCUGACCAUGUACGGUCAUUGGGUGAUGCUUCAGCAGCCUGGAACCGUGCCACCAAUGCUAGGCUCGACCAAAUGUCUAAGGACAUUGGCAAACUUUUGGAGUCUGAGAAUGAGGUCUCAUCUACGAUAGAGUUGGAAGCAUUUUCUUUGAUGCUCUCCCGCUUCGUAGAGGACGCGAAACAUCAGGGCAAUAUUUUGCAAAUUCUCAAAAGCCUGCGAUUUGCACAGAUAAUUGAACGACGGACCGAGAUCCCCAAAGCUCACCAAAACACGUUUGAAUGGAUUUUUCAAGAAUCCACCAAUGUCAAUUUCUCUUCCUGGCUCCAAAGCCCCAAUGGCAUAUUCUGGAUUACUGGAAAACCGGGUUCUGGGAAAUCGACACUGAUGAAGUUCGUAACUGGGCACGAAAAGACGUAUCAGCUAGGAAACAUUUGGGCAGGCCCGCAUCAACUUGUCAUUGCCAGCCACUUCUUUUGGAGUAUCAGAAAUGGCCUUCAAAGUUCCCAAGAAGGUCUUCUCAGAGCUCUGCUGUUCCAGAUCACGGUGAAAUGCCCGGAACUCAUACCUGAUGUCUUCCCGGAGAGGUACGCCAGUCUGACACACACGCUUGAACCUUGGACAAUCGAGGAGUUAAUUAGUGCCUUUGAACGUCUCAGGGGCGCCUCGUUAUCUACGAAGCGCAUCCUGAUGUUCAUAGACGGGCUUGAUGAGUACAAGGGCGACCACAAGGACUUACUCAAGUUUCUCGACAACAUGGCUCACACUUCUGGCAUAAAGAUUUGCUGUGCAAGCCGGCCAUGGCGGAUAUUCGAAGAUGCUUACGGCAACUCCCUCACCCGCAUCAGGAUGGACCAGCUAACAGCUCAAGAUAUGGCAAUCUACGUGCGCGAUGUCCUAGGACAGCAUGACCAUUAUCAAAGUUUACUGAAAACUCAUCAAAUGGAGGCUACGAAUCUGAUCGAGAUUAUCUCGCAGAAGUCAGAAGGCGUUUUCUUUUGGGUUGCUCUGGUUGUCAAGUCUCUCGCUCGCGGAUUAGAUAACUGGGACGACCUCGCAAUAUUACAGAGGAGAGUUGCAGACUUUCCUUCUGAUCUCGACGAAUUCUUCCAGCGAAUGCUUGACUCUAUCGAAGACGUCUACAAGGAAACCGCAUAUAGAAUCUUUUCCGCGCUGUUGAUUGCAGACAUGCCUAUUCCCGUGAUUUGCUUCAUGAUCAUGGAUACUUACUUUGAGGACAUGUGGAACUCUAAGUCUACAAAGCAAGUAUCCAGAUCAUUGAACACAACAAGCAUAUCUUUGACGAGUAAUUGGGACAGCAUUUUCAACUCGUCGGUCGAAAUCCAACCGGAUGCCGAAGAAGCUCUCUACCGGGGAGAUCAAAACCCGAUCAAUCGGGGUUCCAGCGUACCAUCAAAGACUUCUCGUGAGCUCAGUACAGAGAAGCUUUUGACUCAUAUGUGGACUCAUUCGGACGGGCCAAGAAAGAGAGAUCAGAUUUUGGUUCGAUGUUGCGACUUGGUCCAAAGCUGGGAGGUGGAUGCGUGUGAGCCAUUCAAUCUGAGAAUUGGAUUUCUCCACCGAACAGUGGCAGAAUUUCUUCAGCGUUCCAACAGUUAUCAGUCGCUGGUUCCACUCAAACACCAACGUUAUUGGCUUGCGAGGUCAUUCGCAGAAUCCGGUCCACAACUGGGAAAACAACAUGAACUGGACGAAAGUAAUGUCGACAUCUGCAUGGGCUUUGUAAACAGGUCUCUUCACACAAUUGAGCAAGCGGAUAUCUAUGACAUAUUAGCCUCAGGCCCGGGGCUUCUCAAUAUCUGUGGGAAAAUGAUGGACAAAUUGGAGACCAGCCUCGACAGUCCAGGUGCUUUGGAUUCUUUCCGCCUAGCAUGCCAGAUCUGGGCAAGAACAACUGUUGCGGUGGAAGCCGCUUUAUCAACACCUACGCAGAGAUUGCCGCACAGAAAGCAUCUCUUUUCUGCGGUGAGAAGCGUCCUGAAAGGAUCAUGGCAUGUAGAGGCCGGUGACCCCCCAGAGAUAUUUUGGACGAAAUUGGUAGAUCUGUCGCUUCUCCGCUACCUUCUUUCUCGUGUCGAACUUCCCGACGAGCAGCCUGAACUAUUGGCUGAGUUUGGAAUGUUUCUUGAUGGAUUGAAGAUUGAUCGUGGAUUGGGUCGCCCGCUGAAUGCAUUCGAAGCCUGCAAAUUAAUGAUUGAGUGCGGUGCAGUCCUGAGCCGCAGAGAUCUCGAACAUGAAGCGGAGGCUGACAGCUAUGUCUCGGUGCCGACGAGUCGGGAAACGAUCGAAGCUAUCCGAGGUCUAGAAAUCUUUACCGAAAAAGGGAUCUCCGAUUUAAGCGAGGCUUUCCCUCCAGAAGCGAUAGGAAUGCCCACCGUAGUCGAGGGACCAAGAUGGUGGUUCAUACCUUUCUUCAGAUAA